AUGGACAAGAAAAUCAACCCACAAGGCAAGAAACGGCUAGAGUGGGUUUACUCACAUGAUCUUUAUAUCCUGCAUGGGAGUCCUGUCAAUGUUUUAUAUGGACAGAUCAGAUUGUUACAUAAAAGGAGGGGAAGUGUGAUUGACUACAUCAUAGUGUCACCAUCUCUUUUCCACUCAGUGAAUUCUUUUGAGGUGCUCGAGAGAGCAGAAAGCAACCAUUUCCCAUUAUUAGUUAAAAUCUACCCCCUGUUAGAAUCUCUCUCUUCCCCCCCCCCCAGCCAACAGAUACUUCCAGAGAGCUUGUGGGUGCAAAAAAGUUGA